AUGAGCCUGUCACCGGGAACAAAAACGUUUCCACAAUUCUCCCGGAUUCCCAAGGAGCUUCGUGAACAGAUAUGGGAUGCAACGAUGCAACCGAAGCUCCUCACCAUCAUAAUCGGCAGCGAUGGAGAUUCCAAAGUGAAGUCAGAUGUGACGCAGUGGUCGCCUCACAAAAACCCGGUGGCGCUGGGCAUCUGCACCGAGUCGCGCGCGCGAGCGCUAUUGCGUUAUACCAUGAAGGUGCCCAUCUAUCGCUGGCAUGGUCUGUCGGUCCGCAACGAGGCAAGGCGGUACAUCGAUCCCAAACACGAUUUGGUGCUCAUCCUGCCAACGGCCGACACGGCUAGGCGCCACGAAUACAAUUUUCUGGGGAAGGAUCUGGAUACACUUCUCAAUUGCACCUUGAAGAAGAUUGAGCUUGACCAAAAGGGGAAAAGACGCUUCGCUCAGGCCAUUCAGAGGCUCGCGAUACCAUCUCGAUGGUGGAGAGACAGGUUUUCUAACAAGGCCAUGCGAGCCUUUGCUGUUACCUGUUUUGCCAUUCCCCGGGAGAUUUACCUUGUCGAAGAAAUUGCCAGCGAGCAGCAGGAUGGUGAUGCGCAAGUAGCCGAGUGUAGCGGGAAUAUAAAUUCCGCAAUGCCGGAAUCUGUGAAACGGCGUUGGCAGGAGCCGGGUUGGUCCGUCGAAUACCAGGAGCACGCGAUCAAGGUCGUUAGGCCGGAUUCGACGAUCGUCCGUGUUCGAGACUUAUAUCACACUUCCUUGGCCGGCAUGGAUCUCUCGGCUUAUGAAGCUUCUGAGACGACGAUGGGUGCCUAUUUUCAACGCUCCGACCCAAACGUACACUAUGAGGAGAACAUCAGAGGACACAAUCGACCAUUGUGGCCAGCCCCAUUCCCGGAGCGGGUUAUCGCAAGAAACAAAAAGGAGUAA